AUGUGUUUUGAGAUGAAAAAUCUAGGAGAGAUUGGAUGUUUCCUUGGUCUACAAGUCGAAAAAUCAAAUCAAGGUUAUUUUGUUUCUCCAAAAGGAUAUGCAAAAGGUCUCUUGGAACGUUUUGGUGUGGGGGAGUCAAAAGAAAUGGCUACUCCUAUGGAGUCAUAUCUCAAGUUGAAGAAAGAUGAAGGGAAGUUGUUGAAGGAUGCUAAAACGUUCCGACAACUUGUUGGAAGCUUAAUAUAUUUAACCAUCACAAGGCCAGAAAUUUCAUAUUCUGUUGAUUGGGCUAGAGAUACAGAUGAUCGUCGCUCAACUUCAGGUUAUUGUUUUAACAUUGGUUCAGCUGUGAUUUCCUGGUGUAGCAAGAAGCAAGCUGUUUUUGUUUUGUCUAGCAUCGAAGCUAAAUAUGUGGUAGCAACCAUGGCUGCACACGAAUGCAUUUGGUUGAAGGGGUUGAUUAGAGACAUGCUGUGCAAAGUUAACUAUGUUGUGCAGAUCAAAUGUGACAAUGAAAAUGCUAUCAAACUUGCAUCAAAUCUAGUUUUCCAUGCGUGA